CCAUAAUAUCACUUCCGUAGUUACAACUACACAAGUACCUAUUCCAGUUAAAAUGCCAAGGUUCUCUGAAUGUUGGCGUUGUGGAAAAACUGGCAAUAGCGUAACUUGUCGUGCUUGCGAUAUUGCUAAGUACUGCAGCAAUGCCUGCCACAGAAAUGAUAAAUUUCGUCACGAAGCUGAGUGCCACCCGGUGGCCAUCAUCAAAACAUGUUCGUCAUGUAGAAAAAGCGGUUCGGGUUUACGGGCAUGUACUGGUUGCUAUCGAGUAUACUAUUGCGAUAUUAAAUGCCAAAAAUCGCACAGAAAGGCACAUAAGUCCGACUGCAGCAGCACUAAAGACAAGAUAGAAGGACUCGUUCAGAAAAUGUUUGCUUAUUAUGCACCUCAUAGGCAAAUAGUCUACCCGAAGCAUUACUAUUGGGGAAACUAUCCUGCUUUUGACGGCGUCAAUUUGCUCGAGAAUGAAGGCGGUGACUACAGUUUUGAUUUGAAAGUUUUGUUUCUCGGCGUUGGUGAUUUCCGAAAUGUUGCACUGAGUUGUGCCCUGUUACCAGACACGUACGGACAUGUUGUUAUGUUCACAUUGAAUGACAGAGAAAGCUGCAUCUUGGCCAGACUCGUACUAUUCAUUUACAUGCUGAUUAAGGGUAAGUUUAAUAGUGAUUACGUGAAAAACGCCGUAAAAGUCCACAAAGUCACAGACUCAAUCACUUGACUCAACAACCGUAAUUACUCGAUUAGACGCCUCUCUCGAAUAAACGCCGCCCUCAAAUAAACGCCUCUAUCUAAUCCAAAAAUACGGUAAUGUACAUAAUCAGCUAACGUAUGUUUAUGCCUAUUGUCAACCAGUUCACAUUUUGAGAUAUUAAACUCACAUGGCUAGUUAACACUGUUCUGCCAGUGUAAGUAUAGAAUGGAAUAAAGGACAACCAAUGGUAAACAUGAUAUACUGUACAGGGUGUCCCAAAAAAAGAAAACCAUUGAAAUCACCAAUAACAAUUUAAUUGUUAGAAUUUGAAUGCCUUAUCACUCUGUUGGUUUCCACGAGUGCAUAAAUGAUUACACAAGUAAAUUUUACGCAUAAAGAAACUGCUUAAGAAGCUUUAAGAAGCUGCUUUAAAUUCCCAAGAGCAGAAAAUCGCACACUUUACAAGAUGUUUUUAACUAAAUUUUAAUACAUGCAUCUUGUCAAUAUUUUACGCAUCAUUACGUUCAGCUGUUUGGAAGGGCAUUCAAAUUUUAACAAUAGUGAUUUCAAUAGUUUUCGUUUUUUUUGGGACACGCUGUACUGUAUAUGGGUAAAUUGGGUGGGUAUACAAGCAUAAACACUCCUUGGAUGAUUAGGGUAUUAACCUAAAACCUCAACGGUAAAUUUAUUGACAGUAAAUCCCUGCCUAAAAAUUGUUCACUAUAUUUUAAACUAUUUAAAACACAGGUGAACCAGGCGUUGAGAAAAUGGUGACAGAAGUGUGGUACUCAAUAUUACUGAGCGAACCGACAUACAAAUAUCUACUCUUGUGUCUUCGUGCCCUCAUUGACUGCCCGUGUGCUUCUGAUCUGACGACCAAAACAGCGGGUUUGAUUAGCAUUAAUGACGCACAUUUAAAGGAGUUAAAGACUGUCUGGAUAAGAUGGCACAACCUGAAGGUAAUAACAAUACUGAAUCCUCACGAGACCUCUACUCUAGGGAGAAACAGUGUAGAACUGACAGAAUUUAGUUAAGUUUCCUCCAAGAAGAACGAUUGGAGAACACUAGCUUUGGACAAAACUGGUAGAGCUAUGCAGUAUAAAGUUAUGUUUAAAGCUGUUUUCCACUUCAAACACAUCGUAACGUAUUUCAUUGUUUUCUGAGCACUAGAGUGGAACUAAUGGGCACAAAAGAUGAUGCUACGAUACAUUUGAAGUGGAAAACGCUGGAUUUUUCCUGUAGUAACACUACAGGUAUAGAAAAUUGGGAAUGGCAUUUACUGGCAGGAACAGUUUAGAACUGACAGCGCUAGUCAGUAUUAAAAAAACAGAGUUAGUGUGUUUAUUUAGCUAGAAAACUUGCGAAAGACAAAUUAUUGUAAGUAGAAUCUCUUAAUUCACUAAGGUAAAAGGAACGACGUGGAUUCGAAGAGAACGCCAAAGAGAGUUCAACUUAGACGCAGGAAGUUAUCACGGAAGGGAAACAUACUUCAAUACUAUUCCACAAGAGCAUUUGAAGUCAGCAAGGAAAUGGAUGGAACAUGGCACAUUUCAACGCAACCAGAUGCCUGCAUUUGCUGAAAACCCCACUUUGACGGGAUAUCAUAAGUUUAAAGAAAGCCGACACUAUUUCUACUCCAUUCCCUCAGACGUCUUACCAUUCGUUGGCUGGGAUUAUAUAGAAGUGAAGAAAUUCAAGCAUACGAAUUCGUUGGUUGCAAUGUAUGGUGCAUACAUCGAAAAUAUUUUGGGAAUGGUGAUGAGAAAAUUAUCCAGCAAGCAAGUCCGUUUUCAAAUACUCCUCUGCGACUGUAUGGUCAUCGAGCAAUAUAUUGACCAGGAAAGCAAAUAUGAUCGUAUUUUAACUACAAACCUAAUAGAUUAUAUCAUUCUCCCAGAUUUACUAAAACUCUGUUCUCAGAAGCUAAACCACGGAAACCCUUAUGCAACCAUUGUGACGGAGACCCAAAAUUGGACACGUGAUUUUUGCCCCGAAGCAGACGUCACUGGUAUUUCUGACACAUUUUCAGAAUGCUUUAAAUUGGGAAAAACAGCCAUGGAAGAUACCAAGAAUCCUCAACAGGUCGGAGAUGGUGGAACCGGUGUCAGAGAAUACAUCGAUAACUCCACAGAGUUAAUUGAUUUCAUACGGGCGUUAUUCCACACCUAUGCCAUUAGAAAGGCGGUCGAGGAUGGGUAUGACCCCACCGAAUCCCCUAAACUGCCGACUGUUAGAGUGUUGGGCAAUGAAUUUCAAUUGAAACUCAGAGAUGGCUUUCGAAAUGAAAAUAGGAUCGCUCCUUUCAAAAUGGCUGUCAAUCGAAGAAGGGUCACAAUGAUUACAGGGUUAGAACGUAUCAUUGAAUGGGUGCCUUGGCAGAGUGAGUGAUCAACUGCUUUUAAAGCUGGCUUUACAAUGGUUUAAUUUAGUAUGCUUGAAUUUGAACAUAGUUUAGAUAUCUACAUAUCUAUCUAUUUAUUAAUUUACAUAGUAUGGACACCAUUAACUGAAUGAAAGUUAUUUCGAAUGUGGCGGUUCAGUGACAGUAAAAUUCUACAAUAAGCUGGCGUGGUUUGUGUCUGAACUACCUUUACAAGAUUAAAGUACCAUGACGUUAAGUCAAAGUUUUGACAACAAGGAAGAGUUUAUUGAUUAUAUUUUACCAACAAAUCAUUACAUCACUUUAUUUUACAUUUCUAAUCAGAAUUGAGCCUGGAUUGGCACCUGUAUAUAAAAUGUGGAAAAGGCAAAUAUUUUCAACAAAACAAACAUACAUUUUUCAAAAUAUUUUUUACAAAACACGUUCUGGACUGCACCAAGUUUUAGGGUAAGGAAUGAAAAUUCAGUCGUUCAUUAAUAUUACACUGCAAUAAUAUUGAAUAUAUAUCUAUAUAUACACGGUAUUCCUCUAUAAACACUAUAUUAAUAUUGUCACUCUGUUCCAAAAUAUUUCCGUCCAAAGUUCAAGAUUAUAUCCUGACUGACUUCAGAGGUUAAAAUUCUCAACUGUUUAAAUUGAUUUAAAAUAUUCCUUACACCUGCAAGGAAGGAUAGUUUGUCUGAUAAAUGCUGGAAAUAAAUGGCUCAAUCAUCCAAUGGAUUAUCUACAUAAUUCAUAUGUUAUUACCUUUAACAACUACUUACCGUGAGGCGUGGCAAAAAGAUUAAGAAAUAUAAUAUUUUCUUCUUGCACACCGUGUUCCUCAAGGACUUUGACAGCUUCAAUAAUAGUUGCACCCGUAUCUUGGAACAAAAUUACAAUAGACAUAUUAUUAUCAGAGCACGAGAUUUAGAGACAUCAAUUUCAACUUCUUUGUAUACAAGCAAUAAGUUGCAAUCAAGAACUGCACUUUACUUACUUAAAAGUGGAUACAUGAGUAAAAUUUGUCUUUUUUCAACAUCAAAUGGGAAUUUGGCAUAGUAUACCUAUGUAA